UGGCGAAAAACGGGAAGUAUGUGAUGAACUUCAUCAGCUGGUUACCAACUUGGUUUUACUCUGCGAUUGUGCUCUCAGGCGACUUCAUCGUGGGUGGAAUUAACCUUCAGAGUGUGUGCAAGCGAUCCUCGGAGAGAGAAGAGCGAGGUUAAUAUGGGUGCGCUGUUUCGCAGCGAGGAGGUAUGUCUGGUGCAACUUUUUCUCCAGUCAGGAUCAGCCUACAACUGUGUCAGUGAACUUGGAGAGCUGGGAUUGGUUGAAUUCAGAGAUCUGAACCCAAACGUCAAUGCGUUUCAGAGAAAGUUUGUGGGUGAGGUGAGAAGAUGUGAGGAGAUGGAGAAGACCUUCUCCAUCCUGGAGCAGGAGAUUAAUCGCUCCCUGUCACCCCCCCUGGAAGGUCCGCUUCCACCACCCUGCCCUGCCCCGUCAGCCCCCCAGCCCAGAGAACUGCUGACCAUAGAGGAGGAGAGCGAGAGACUGGCAAGAGAGCUGAAAGAGGUUUCUCGGAACAGAGACAGCCUCCGCGCUCAGCUGACCCAGCUCAGUCAGUACAGAGGAGUGCUUACACAUACACACUCCCUUACUGCCUCACAGGUCCCACCCCCCAACCUGGAAUCUUCAGGCUUAUUGGACAACAGACAGGACAUCAGACUCAGUUUUGUGGCGGGUGUGGUCCACCCUUGGAAAGCCCCCGGCUUUGAACGGUUGCUAUGGCGAGCUUGUCGUGGUUACAUCAUCAUGGAUUUUCGGGAAAUGGAACAGAAGCUGGAACUUCCAGAUACUGGGGAGAUGGUGCAGUGGACAGUUUUCCUCAUCUCCUAUUGGGGGGACCAGAUUGGCCAGAAGGUGAAGAAGAUCUGUGAUUGCUUCCACACUCACAAUUUUGCAUACCCAGAGAGCCCAGCAGAGAGGAUGCAGAUUCUGCAAGGGUUGGAGGGCAGGAUCGAAGACAUUAAAACGGUGCUGUCCCAGACAGAGCAGUACCUGCAGCAGCUGCUGGCCCGUGCGGUGAUCGUCCUGCCCCAGUGGAAGGUCCGGGUCCAGAAGAGCAAGGCAGUCCAGAUGGUUCUGAACCUCUGCAGCCCGUCUGUCACAGACAAAUGCCUGAUCGCAGAGGCCUGGUGCCCAGUCAGCCAGCUACCUGCGCUACAGAGCGCUCUGAGAGAAGGAGCGAGGAAGAGUGGUAGUGGGGUGGAGUCGUUCUACAACCGUCUCCCCUCCCCAACUGCGCCCCCCACCCUUUUCACCACAAACUCCUUCACUGCUGGAUUCCAGAGCAUUGUUGACGCCUACGGUGUGGCCAGCUACAGAGAGGUCAACCCAGCGGUGUAUACUAUAAUCACCUUCCCCUUCCUAUUUGCUGUCAUGUUUGGGGACGUGGGGCAUGGGCUGCUUAUGACUCUUGCCGCACUCUGGAUGGUCCUGGAGGAGAAGGACCCCAAACUGAGGAACAACACAAACGAGAUUUGGAGGAUGAUGUUUGGAGGCAGAUAUCUGAUUCUGCUCAUGGGUUUGUUCUCCAUUUACACUGGAGCUGUGUACAACGAAUGCUUCAGUCGUGGACUAAGUCCCUUCACCUCCGCCUGGCAUCUGCAGCCCAUGAUCCAUCACUAUAACUGGAGUGAUGACAUCCUCAGGCAGAACCAGUAUCUUCAGCUGGACCCCAGUGUGGAGGCUGUCUUUCAGGGCCCAUACCCCUUUGGCAUCGACCCGAUUUGGAGAUUAGCCAAUAACCACCUGACCUUCCUAAACUCCUAUAAGAUGAAGAUGUCUGUGAUCAUUGGUGUCAUACACAUGACAUUUGGAGUCUGCCUGUCCUUCUUCAACUAUACGCACUUUGGGGAAGUCAGCAGUGUGUUGCUGGUCUUGAUUCCAGAGCUUGUUUUCAUGCUGUGCCUGUUUGGGUAUCUGGUAUUCAUGAUCGUAUAUAAAUGGAUUGCCUUCGGGCCGUUGGAGUCCAAGAAUGCCCCCAGCAUCCUCAUUCACUUUAUCGACAUGUUUCUGUUCACGCAGAAUGGAGAUAACCCCCCGCUUUAUUCUGGACAGUUUAUAGCACAGAUGGUGCUGGUCAUAUUUGCUGUGUGCUCGGUUCCUGUCCUACUCCUGGGGAAGCCAGUACACCUCCUCAUCAGACACAGAAACAAGCCUCGCCACACAGUGAGUGGAGAGCGAUGCCCUCUGCUGUCUGAAAACGGCUCCAUCAAUGCCCUGCCAGGAGAUGUAGAGGAAGGAAGACAAGGUGAACCAGAGAAGGAGUUAGAUGUAUCUGAGGUGUUCAUGCACCAAGCCAUCCACACCAUAGAGUACUGCCUGGGCUGCAUCUCCAACACCGCCUCCUACCUGCGUCUGUGGGCCCUCAGCCUGGCUCACUCGCAUUCUGCAAAUUUUUUCAACAAUGGUGCUUUACUGGGGCCUCUUGCUGAUAGCUUCGCUCAAACGUCUUCUAACUGUAACAGCACUUCCAGACAUAUCAAGUCUUCUGAAAGUCUGGAUUUAGAGUCUUUAGAUUCCUUUGGAUUCAGAGCUGUCGGAGGUGCUGUGGGUGAUGGUGAUGAGGAUCCCAUUGUCCAUGCAAGGCUACGUGGGCUCGGUGGUGCUGGCGGUGGUCUUCUCGUUCUUUGCGCUGCUCACGGUCAGCAUCCUGCUGGUUAUGGAGGGUCUCUCUGCCUUCCUGCACGCGCUCCGUCUGCACUGGGUGGAAUUUCAAAACAAAUUCUACAGUGGAACGGGCUAUAAACUCAACCCCUUCUCCUUCUCUGCAAUAACUUCCUUAGCCAAUUAAUAAUGGUUGCUAAUUAAAAGUUCAAAUUAGUGAUUGUUUUUGCACUUAUGAUCAUGUGUUACUAACCGCAUACUUCUUGUCAAUCUAUAUUGAUAUUAUUUUAGGCUUUCUUUUUGUCUUUUUUAAAUUAUGAAUCACUGGCACAAAUAAAAAAAAAACAAUGGGUGAUUUGUUCAACUCACAUUGAAAUAUUUAAAAACCUUUUCUUUAAAUAUGUCUCCAUUUCCCCCUUUUUUAAUUUGUGUUGAAUUUGCAUUAAACAUUUGCAGAGUGUGUCUGCAGAGAUGAGUUAAUGUACGUUUUUCAGUACAGUAUUUGUCCUUUUUUGCAUGCCUGUGCUCUGGUUUCUUGGGUGAGUCAGAACCCUCACUGCUGGCAUUACAGUAGCAUUACAGCCCAUUGCUAAAACGCUGAUCCUUUGUGACAGGACAUGAGAAUUAAGGAGAACGCCCCUGUUGGCCAGUCUAGCCCAUUCAUCCUGAUCAGGUUGAUGGAGCCCGUCUGCUGUCAGAAUGGGCCUUAAUAUGCCUUGAGUGAUAACCCCCCCCCCCCCACACACACACACACACACACACACAUACAUACCUCUCCCUCUUUCUCUCCCUAAGUGUGAAAUGUAGUCAAGGCUCUCAAUUUGCAUGUGAUGGUGUCAUUAUCAAGGAUAUUAGGACAUGACUGUCUACUGAUGAGCAUGAGUACAUACUGUGCACAUUUAGACUGCACCAUCUAUUCACAUGUUUAUGCUAAUCAUACCUCCCUUCUCCCCCUCCCUGACCCAUAUUUUACAUUACAUUUUACUUCCACUGUCUGUCAAACAUGAUCAAUGCAAAGGAAAUGAUAAAAAAAUGUUUUCUAAAUAAAUUGUUGCUUAUCUUGUGAA